CCUUGGUAUUUGGAGCCGAGUUAUUUGCUCCCCAACACACAGCCGACCCUGGAUGUUUUCCUCAGCCUCGCUGCGCCACCACGUCAUCAUCCAUAGUUUUUUUUUUUUUUCUCCCAAGCACUUCACUCAUAAAACCGCAGCAAGUCCUCGUCUGGUCUGUACUACUCGAGUCUCUGUUAACAGUCGCAGCAGCACCCUGACACGGUGGUUCUGAGCUGCACAUUAUCCGACAUGAGGCUGGGACUCCCUGCUCUCGUGUGUUUCUUCAGCUUCGUGUGGCUGACGGAGUGCGCGCCUCCGACCUGUUACUCCCGAGCGCUGGGCCUGAGCAAAGAAGUGAUGACUCUGUUGGAUAAGAUUCACACAUACAACCGAACGAAAACUUGUGCUGAGGUUCUACCGACGAUCUUCAUCGACGUACACAAUUCAUGCGUCACAGCCAAGCUCCGGGACUUUCUCUACGUGGUGCUGAACCAUCCAAACCAGUACUGCCGAGAGCGUCCCAGAAUGGUGCUGCUGAAACGCAAAAUCCAGAACUUGUUCACUAUCAUCACAAGGAUUUGUUACAGGGACUUAGUGUUUUUCACAGAUGACUGUGAGGCGAUUGACACUGGACACAGCAGGCCUCACUAUGCAGAGGACAGGCUUCAGCUGCUACAGGAGGAUAAAUGAGCAGAUUUCCAUCAUUCAUUCAUAAAACACAUUAGCAGUUUGUAGAAGGGUAAAACGAGUACAAUACACACCACGCUCUGCACUGCAUUGUAUGCAUUAUAAGGUAAACACACAGUGCUGUUCAGCAUUUUACCUAGUUGGCUCUGAGUUAGCUGCUCACUCAUGUUAGGCAUGUGUGGCUGCAUUCCAGCAAGGAGAGCAGAACUUUCCACAGGAAAUUUGACGAAUGCCAACCAUGCCGAUGAAAACCCUAAAAUAAUAAACCAAUAAGAGAUGCUUGUGAGCCGGACUUAACCGCUGCUUACUUACCAGGGCUGAUCAAAGCUCAGAGUGUCAUUAAGAGAAAUAUGUUGUGUUGCUAUAACCCCUGCUCUGACUAACAUGUCUUAAAGGAGCGUUAUGCAGCAUUCUGCAAACAUUUCAAGAGUUGAACAUGGUGGCUCAAAAUGUUACAUAAGAACUAGAUGUCCUCAGUACACAGUUGUUUACUGAGUUCCUUCACAACUUUCUCACAUGGAUUUCAUCUUUGGUUUUAUAUCUUAAGGAGAAACAAAAAGAGUGCUGCUCAUAAUGAAGCUGAACAAAAGAUAGCUUUCAUGUUUACUGCCAGAGUGGAUAUCAAAAAGAAAAGCCCUCACUGCUUUGAACAUAGGAAACUUGUCUUUUUUAUUUGUAAUUAUUUACAGUUUAUAUAUGCCUCACAUUAUGAAAUAAAACAUUUUAUGAAUCAA